UUCUUAUUCAGUGAAGCAUUCAUUUAAAUACAUUGUGAGACAAAAUAACAUCAAAAAUGAGUCCAAAUUUUAAGUGUAAAAAGUGGACUCUAUUUACCAUAAAUCUCGUAACUAUAUUGCUGAUCUUGCUGGUCAUUAUUAUAUUACUCGUUUCACAUUAUAAUCAGCCUAAUCAGGUAAGAAAAAUUACCCUGAUUAUUCCUAUGAUAAGACGACUGAUGGAGACUGGGCCAUCUGGGUGGGCGUGGUCAUUUUCAGCAUCGCAAUGGCAAUCGAGUCGACUGGCCUAAUGGGCGCCUAUAGGGAAAGCUAUUGUCUAUGUAUGACAUACUGUGUUAUAACGUGUUUUCUAUCCAUACUAUCGUUGGGAGAGGUGUUUGUGAACCCGCGAUAUAUCGGUUCACUUGUGUAUAACCUGUGUCUGGCAUGUCUGGCCUAUUCACUGGCAAUGGAUUGCAAGGAAAAUCGUAAGGGGCUUCCAGUGCGGAUCGUCUACUCAAAUGGUGUGAACAACCCGUUCACCCGUAGUGAUGAGCCCUCCACUCAAAAUUCAACCAAAAACUUAACCUAUGCUUUGGUUUGA